CUCCAGUGCCUCCCCACUCUCUACCCCACUUCACUCACUUCAUUCUCGUUCAACUCAAAGUCCCAUAUCAUGACUCAGACCAUCUCGAAGCCGGACUUUGACACUGACUGCGCCAUCCCUAAAGGCUUGAGGCCAGCGACAUUCUCCAUGGACGGCCGAAUCAUCUAUGUCAGCGGAGACGUACAAGACAUGAACACUGAUCAGGGUUACUUGCCUUGCUGGAAAGACGAGAAUCUUCCCUUUGCUGAGCUACAACUGAAACGCAUUGACCCGAAGUUAAAACACGACGAUAAAAACCCACGGGACAAGAAUCUUUACGGCGACGAGAAGGGACUAUAUUACAUCUCCUGGCAUGGUCACUCGUUCUGUUCUCGCCAACUGCGGCUAUCUUUGGGCAAGGAAGGGGAGUACGUCUAUCAGGGGGCUAUUACUCAAAGAAGAGACCCGCCUGGAUCCUACUGGGUGGAAAACCUUGGGAGCUACUCUCUAGCUGACCGCAAAGUUUGGGAAAAGGCCGCAAGCCAGACUGACGUGAAGGAGGGCACCACUUCGCUGACUUGGGUCCUUAGUGUUAUGGAGAACGCCAUCGAAGAUAAGGUGUUCACUGAAGAUGGGAAGGCUAAGGCCUUGAAGAAGAUGGACGAGGACGCGGAAUGGAGAGCCGCAAUGAGUUCAAUGGACUCAAUGGGCUGCAAGCUCUGAUCAAGGAUUCAACUGGUUUGAUGUCCUUGACAAUGAGCACACUGCGAAUGACUACUUAGUUACUUACAUGUCGCUAUGACUGAGCCAACCUAAACCCAAUAUAAUAGAAAAUGUCCG